CUAGGCCACGCCUCCUUUUCUGUUUCCACGCCUUUAGAAAACGGGAGCGAGCGCGAGGAAAAACAAGGCGCUUGUGAUGUUUAUGUGAUGCGAGCGAUUCAAGGUUCGGCGUGAAAAAUGAAGCUGCAGUCGGCAGCGAUGAAGCAGAAGGUGAUGUUCCUGGAUAUGCCCUAACCCCCUGCGUCAGCGAUGGAGGCAUCCAGCCUGCCAGCAGAGCUGUGGCGUCUUAUCCUGGCUUAUCUACCCUUGGCUGACUUGGGUCGUUGUUGCCUGGUCUGCCACGCAUGGCGAGAACUCGUCCUGAGCCUGGAUAGCACGCGCUGGCGCCAGCUUUGUCUGGGCCUCCCAGAGUGGCGGCAUCCAAAUUGGCCACGUCGACCUCACCUGCCACCACCAUCCUGGCGUGAGGCGCUGCGCCAACAAGCCCUGGCCAGCCGCACAUGGACGCAGAAUGGAGCUGAGCUCCACUCGUCUACCUGCCUGCACCUGUUCCGGCGCAGGAAGGACAGGAAAGUGUGGCAUGUGGGCUCCGUGCCCGGGCAUGGCUACGAGACACUGAGAGGGGCACUAGCGACCGCUGGGCCAUAUGAUAGGCUGCUGCUUCAUCCGGGCAUCUAUGAAGAGCAGGCAGAGGUCACUCUAAAAGUGCCUGUUGAGAUCGUAGGGAUGGGGAAGCUUGGUGAUGUGGCUUUGCUGGUGAGCUUCGAUCAGCAGUGCCCGACUGCCAGGCUGUGUAAUUUGGUUUUGAUGCCAGCUUGGUUUUCACCAGUGGUGUAUAAGACAUCUUCAGGUCAUGUCCAGUUGGACAACUGCAACUUCGAGGGCUGUCAGUUGCAUGUCAGAGGACCGGGCACCUGCCAGGCUCGCUUCUGUUCAUUCGCCCAGGGCAGCUCCGCCCACUUUCUAGGUGUGGCCAUCAGCCUAAUGGACAGCUGUGAGUUUUCCGGUGGUGACUCUGCGUCUGUCACUGUGGAAGGCCCACCGGUUUCUGAGCGUAACUGGGCUUGUAAACACCUGGCUGCUUUGGCUAAAAUGUUAACGACCAUGUCUACGAGCAGUCAGGACGCAAAAGACAACCUGGGCGGAGUCAGUCCCAGAGAUUCUGCCCUGGAGGACUGGACUAAACAGGACAUGGACUGGGAAACUGGCUGGACCAAAUCGAAACCCCUUAAUGGAGGUCUGCUUUCAGGCCAGGAGGGUACUAUGAUCGAAGAUGACAGUAUGGACACAUCCAGCGAUUCUGGUGAUGAUGAAAAAAUAGAGAAUGGAAAUAACUCGGGUUACGCACUCUCUUACGAGCAGCAUGGUCUUGCGCACCUCUCGGAGCCGCGGAAGCCAGAUUUCUCCAUGCUUCCUGUGCUGCUGAGCCUAAGUGCAGAGCUGCAGAGGGAUGCUGAGGCACAGGAGCUGGCAAAUUCAGUGCAAGGGUGCUUACUGCGCCACUGCCUGCUGCGUGAUGGCAAAGGGGGCGUUCAUCUGUGCAACCAUGCCCAGGCGAGACUGGAAGCCAACGUGUUCCGAGGACUCAACUAUGCAGUGCGCUGCAUCCAGUAUGCCAAGAUGGUGAUGUUGCGCAAUGAAGUGAGUGGGUGCCGAGCAUCUGGUGUUUUCUUGCGGCUCUCUGCUCAAGGCCUCAUCGCUGAAAAUAACAUCCACUCCAACGGCGAAGCAGGACUAGACAUACGCAAAGGAGCCAAUCCCAUCAUCCUGUGUAACAAAAUCCACAGCGGCCUGCGUUCCGGGAUCGUCGUCCUGGGCAACGGGAAAGGUUCCAUCCGCAGCAACCAGAUCUACGGCAACAAAGAAGCCGGAGUCUACAUUCUUUUCAACGGCAAUCCUGUGGUCAGUGGGAAUCACAUAUUCCAAGGUCUUGCUGCUGGCAUUGCUGUUAAUGAGAAUGGAAGAGGACUGAUUACUGAGAAUGUGAUAAGGCAGAAUCAGUGGGGAGGUGCUGAUAUCCGUCGAGGAGGUGAUCCAAUCCUGCGCAAUAACUUCAUCUGUCAUGGAUACUCUGACGGAGUGGUGGUCGGGGAGAGAGGAAGGGGUCUCAUUGAGGGCAACCACAUCUAUGGCAACAGGGGCUGUGGUGUGUGGGUGAUGUUAUCGAGCCUUCCGCAGCUGAUCGGAAACUACAUAACCCAUAACCGAAUGUAUGGGCUGGCCGUGUUUUGCCGGAAGGACCCAGCAUUUUCAGCAGGCAGUGAGCGAGGAGGAGGAGGAGGAGGAGGAGGAGAAAGGGAGAGAGGAGGCCAGGAGAACUUUCAUGAAGAAGGCGAGCUGCUAGCAUGGGAGAGUGACAUGGACAGUGAGGACGAACGAUUCUCAACCCGCCGCCCAAUCACUGUGGCUUUAGUGGAGAAUAACUGCAUAAGUCAAAAUGGAGCAGUGGGCGUGUAUGUGAAAAGCAGUGAGGCGCUGAACGUGGUGGGUAACAUGGUGGCCAGUAACCGGGCGGCAGGCGUGGCCAUCGUUCAGAGCGUGCAGCUGACGCGACUUGUCAGCAACUGCGUCCAUGGCAACGGCAGGGCCGGAAUCACGGUAGACCGAGAAUGCCGAGUGGAGCUGCGAGGCAAUGGCAUUUACGGUAACAGUUACCAUGGCGUGUGCUUCCGUGGUGACGGCCAGAUCGUGGAAAACGACGUGGCCGGGAACGGGGCAGUCGGGAUACGACUUAUAGAAAGCGCAGAUGUGAAAGUUCUGAGGAAUCGUGUGCAGUCUUUGCGUGGUUGUGCUAUCUCUGUAAGAGAGCGGGUUCGAGGUGUGAUCCAGGAAAACCUGGUGUACCAGGGCUACCCUGACAACAAUAAACCGCACAUAUACACUGACCCGCUCAACCAAGAGUGUGUCGUGCUCAGCAACACUCUGCUCACACACAGACCAAACACAAGCUGGGCUCUGGAAAACCCACCGCCUCGUCCUCUCAGCAACAAUCCACCAAGUUCUGCCCCUUCGUCGCGCCCCGCCCACCUCGCCAUUAGCAUGACGAGCAGAAUCACUGCCACUGUAGAGAGCGGCUGCCAUAACAACGGCAGCAUCUUCUGUUGCAUUCUAUGAGGGACUGAAGUCACUUUUUGCACCUAAGGAAAUUAGGUGUUGGAUUAAAGCACUUAGGGACACUAUCCUAAAUAAAUAUUAACUCAAGGAACUUUUAUCUUAGUAACCGACAACUCGGAGAUGGGUGAAAAUGGCAUGGCUAUAUGUGUGGUGGUCUGGGAAAACCCACUGGAUGUAAAACCUUGCUAGCUAAGCAUAUGUUCUGUAUACAGUGAAUUUUGGUCAAGUUGUUGGAUAGCUAGGUGCUGUAGUGAAAUAAAUUUAGCCGAAAUGAUUUAGUUUGUAAUCAGAUACCGGAUGUCAAAAUGGCCAUCAAGGGUUUUCCCAGGCUACCAGCUAUAUUUGAAAGAUGCUGUUCUCUCAAUACUGUGUUCUGAUCAGCUAGUCUCCCAAGUUACCUGCCAGAUACAGCACAUCUACUCCUCCAACUCCAACAUGGGAGAAGAAGAUACACAGACGGGGUUGAAAGGGGACUUCGCUUACUGAAACUGUCGCUUUAGAGCUACCAAAGGAAGGAUCUGAUACCAAGGUCCACUGGUUUCAGAAGUUUUGCAGAGGACCUUGUUUAAACUGUUCAUGUUGAAUGCAGUUUCAUUCUCGAUCUCUGAAGCCUUGAAGCUGAAUAUUUUUCACAUCUUUAUGUGGCUAGGAUAAGGGGUCCCUGGAGGAGUAGUGGUUAGGCCACGGCCUGGGUUCGAUUCUCGGCCAGGGAACCAAUCCCAGCCACUGGGGUUGCACAAGACACUGGACUCCCAGUGCCGGUCCCAAGCCCGGAUAUAAUUGGGCAGGGUUGCGGUAGGAAGGGCAUCCGGCGUAUAAAAAAAAAAACGUGCCAAAUCAAAAAUGCGGACCGAUGAUCUGCUA